GCAUUCCUGGCCUUCCCAAUCAUCAACCCAAAGGCAGCCCUCCCCCCCCCAGCAGCAGCAGGCCAUCGGCGACCUGGACGGCUCAAGCACCUUGUGCACCAUUGAGCCCCGCUGAUCCUGGCCUGUGCCUUUGCGCUUGGCAGCAGCGAACGAAUCGGCGCCCGCCGCAUUAGCGCCGUCGACACCGACAUUGGCGGCUUUGGCAGCACCGGUAUCGACUGCAUCAACGGCAGAGGCAACAAUUGCAUCGGUACACCCAGCAACGGUGUCGACAGCCGCUGCAACAACCCGAUAGGCACCCAUCCAGUAGAGCCUGUUCGGUGCCCAUGCCCUUCCAACGCCUUCGAGAGGAACAUGAACCCGGUGGCCCGGUUGGCUCGCCACCCAGGCAACUGCACUUCCUGCAGUCUCAUCCAAAGCUCUCCCAGGCCCCUGUUCCCGGCAGCCUCCCUGAUCGCACCGGCGACCUGUUUGCCGUGGAUGAGCCAACACAUCCGCCCAGGGCAGUGAGUCCGGUGGCCAAUGCUCCCGUUUCGAUCCAUUCGCCCAAACGAGCCGAGCCCCGACCGCAGGAAGGCGAUCUGCACCGGAUCGGCUCCUCCAAAGAAAUCGCUGAGCUCUCCCUUCGGCACCCGUCGCAAAACAGCAAGUUCCGCACGCUGGCAGACUCACCCUCGGGGCCGCCGUCGCUCGGUUCGCAUUCUCGCCCUCUAUCGACCUCGUUCUGGAGCUCGCUCAAAGACAGCUUCAGAGCCCUGGUGUGUUGCAGCUGGUGCCGGCCCGACGACGAAUCGGAGGUCCAUGUCCGCAUCACUCGAGACUCUCGUGGCCGUAUCCAAACCAAGCUCAUAAGCGACGACAAUCAAGAGUACUUUCAGGAGUACGACAGCGACGACAGCGACGAGCAUCCAUACGGGAGCGACCAACCGCGGACUGGCCCGGAAUCCCUGUUUAUGAAUGUGCUGAAGCAUCGAAAGUCGCAGAACAGCGAGCUCAAUUCCGUCAUGGCUGUACUCAACAAGACAAUCCAGGAGCUUCCCCCAGACUUUUCGGAGCUGUAUCUGUUCGUCGGCCUCUUGGGCUACGGCGGAAACGGCUUUGUGGCCGAGGCGACUGAGCGAGCGAAUGGAAGCAAGGUCGCCAUCAAGUUCAUACCUCGCAAGAAUGUGGCCUAUUUGGUGCCCAGCGACGACAGCCGGUUUCCAAAAGGCAUUCCACUUGAGGCGCAUAUACUCAAGUCCGUAUCCCAUCCCAAUGUCGUCAGGUUCCGCGGCCUGUGGAUGACCGAGCACUACUACUGUCUUGUGAUGGACCAGGCCAAGCCCCUGGCAUGGCGACUCGAUGAGACCCCGCCUCCCGCCGUCGCAGCCGAAAGCCCGCCCCAAACGGACUUGGGCUCGCCUCCGAGCUUCCCUGCUCUGUCGCCGACCAUUCCCGAACAGCGACCUCCCGGCGAGAGCGUCGCAGGCUCGCCCUCUCCACUCCACCUCGAGACACAACCAGCACCGCAUGUCACGGCAAAGCCAGCCAUCCAGAAACAGCCCACGCUUUCGCGGCUGCAGCGCCCACGCAAUUCGCACGCCGGCGAUCUUGGCGACUUUCUCACAAUGUAUGGAGUCACACCGGUCUCGGUCCAGAAGCACCUCUUCCGCCAGGUGUGCGAAGCCUACGAGGCCAUCCACAGGGCUGGCUAUGCCUAUCUCGACUUUCGCUGCGAGAACAUUCUUGUCGAUGACGACUUCAAAAUCACCUUGAUCGACUUUGGCAUGUCGCACUUUCUCAGGUCGCAGGUCGGCGACACCUUCUUUGAGCAGUACGGAACCCGGGAGGCUUCGGCGCCCGAGAUCAUUGUCAAGUCCAGUUAUCUCGGGCACCAGGGCGACAUAUGGGCCCUGGGCCUGAUCCUGUUUCGGAUAGCAAGCGGCGGAGAGGCCUGCUUCAUCAACGAGGAGGAGGUUCUCUCGGGGCUAAUUCCCUUUCCCAGAGGGCUUCAUCCGGACUGCGCCGACUUGCUCAAGAAGAUGCUCGCCCUUGAGCCUGCACAACGAGCGACCAUAUCGCAAGUCCUAUCGCACCCAUGGCUCACCAACAGCGACUGAAGCCCGGAUCCAGCAAUACCGGGUGUGGCCACCGCUUUCGUACGAAACUGCAUACGGCCCUUGCGGCAGCAGCCGACAGCGACUCCGGCACCAUUCUCUAGAUCUAUGUUUGCCGCUUGCGCUGGCAAGUGGGCCCGUCAAUGCCACUCGAGGCGUGUACUUUUGGAUUCAAUACUACGACUUGUGCCCCGUG